AUGCUCCCGCGAACAGUAGGCGUCAUUGCUCUAGACUAUGCUCCUCUGAUUCCUUCGCACGAAACAACAAGAGUAGCACUCAAGAAGCAACACACAGACGAACGGGCAACACGAGAACACCAGCCACAAUCAUGGCUACCCCACUCCCCAGCUCCUAGCACGCCCUGUUUACCCCCAUUCCCCUGUUUCUAAUUUCCCCGGCCUCUGUUGUUGUACUUGAGAAGUGCGGAUGCAGCCACGCGGUCGCUAAAACUGCUCUCCUGCCUUGCAUCCAUACAAGCACGCAGGAUGGAAAAAACACGUCGAGGACGGUUGGAGCAAAGCGAUGUCUUUCGCAACUUGAUACCAUUGAGAAAUGUUCUCUAUUGCCUAUUGUCAUGCCAGAAUGCCCACAAGUCGUAGCUGGUGUCAACUCCAGAAGCAGCGAUAUUUUAGUCAACCAUCUGAUCUUUUUUAGUCUUGCGUGACGUGCGGUGUUGUGGGUCGUCAUCAUCCGAGCUGCUUGCAGCGAUCGCCAUACGACAAGAAUCGAUCCGGCAGUUGCCAUGGGUGAAGAUCGGAUAUCGUGGAUCGCGGUCUGCUUUCUGCCUUCGCUAGUUGUGCUGUGCUGCUGUGCUGUGGUCUUUCGUCUUUGGUCGGUGGUCUGGUUGUCUGCGGUCUGUGGUUCAGCUGUUCAGCUGUUGUGCUGUUCUCUUGGCUCUU